CCUUCCGACCUCCGACGGUUCGAUCUUUUGCAGCCCCGGCGCCGCCAAAGGAGUCGAAAUCCACAGCAAACCCUUAGUUCCCUGCACAAUGACCGAGAGUUCCUCUGAAGAUGGUUUUUUCCGUUCAGAACUUCAAGUAAUCAACCAUGUUCUGCAGGAUCUUACUCAGGAAAAGGCAAGAGUGGAAGCUUUCUUCAAACCCAUGUAAGUUUUCGGCUCCUUUUGGUUGUUGCUGCUUUUCAGCUUGCAUUUCUUUCAGUAAUACUUCGGAGACUGCACAUACCAAUGAGGAUAGUAUUGAACCACCUCUUGCUGAAGAGAUCUUCAAAUCGGGUCCUAAAUUGGGUUCCUACACACAGGGUGAUUCAACCUUUUAUUUUCUCAUAAAGAAUUUUUCUGAUUUGGGAGACUUUGCAUCAUUGGAGAGGGUAUUGGGUCGAAUGAAGCGAGAGAAGCGUGUGUUCUCGGAAAAAAUUUUCAUCCUUGUGUUCAGAGCUUAUGGAAGGGCUCGUUUGCCCGAUAAAGCGGUCAACUUGUUUGAUCGAAUGGUAGAGGAGUUUCAGUGUAAGCAAACAGUUCGGUCGUUUAAUUCCGUACUUAACGUUCUUGUUCAAGCGGGUCUCUUUGACCAUGCUAUGAUGUUCCACUCACACGGUCUGGGGAAGGGUAUCUCUCCUAAUGCCCUCACUUUUAAUUUAAUCAUCAAGGUCUUGUGUAAAUUGGGAAUGGUUGAUAGAGCAUGUGAAAUGUUCCGUGAAAUGUCGUUCAGAAACUGUACUCCUGAUGUUUUCACUUAUAGCACUUUGAUGGAUGGGUUAUGCAAGGAGAAUAGGAUUGACGAAGCUGUUUCCUUGUUGGAUGAGAUGCAGAUUGAAGGGUGCUUCCCCAGCCCUGUGAUAUUUAAUGUAUUGAUCAAUGCGCUAUGCAAGAAGGGCGACAUGGCUCGUGCAGCUAAGCUUGUUGACAAUAUGUUUCUUAAAGGUUGUGUUCCAAAUGAAGUGACCUACAACACCCUCAUUCAUGGUUUGUGCCUGAAGGGGCAAUUGGACAAGGCUAUCAAACUUUUAGAACGGAUGGUCUCAAACAAAUGCAUACCAAACAACAUUACAUAUGGCACUAUUAUCAAUGGCCUUGUCAAGCAAGGGAGGACUGCUGACGGGGCCCGUGUCUUGGUUUGGAUGGAGGAACGGGGGCACAAUCCAAAUGAAUUUGAGUAUUCUUCACUUGUUAGUGGAUUGUUUAAAGAGGGAAACUCAAAUGAGGCAAUGAGAUUGUGGCAGGAAAUGGUAGGGAAGGGUUGCAAACCAAAUACUGUUGUCUACAGUGCUCUUAUAGAUGGUCUGUGCAGAGAAAGAAAACUCGAUGAAGCCCAGAAGAUCCUUUCAGAGAUGGUGGAUAAGGGUUGCAUGCCCAACACCUUCACUUACAGCUCCCUAAUGAGGGGUUUUUUUAAGAUAGGUAAUAGCCAUCAAGCAAUUCUUGUAUGGAAGGAGAUGGGGAGGAGUGGAUGUACUCCUAAUGAGGUUUGCUGUAGUGUACUUAUCGAUGGCCUCUGCAAGGAUGGGAAGCUCAAGGAAGGGUUGAUGGUGUGGAAGCAUAUGUUGGGUAGAGGAUGUAAGCCUGAUGCUGUUGCUUACAGUUCAAUGAUACAUGGCCUCUGCAAUGCUGGCCUUGUGGAUGAUGGUCUGAGGCUAUUGAAUGAGAUGCUUUUUGGGGGGCCGGAGUCUCAACCAGACAUUGUCACCUAUAAUAUAUUCUUCAAUAGUUUGUGCAAGAAGGGCGACAUCUCCCGUGCUAUAGAUCUCCUAAAUAGAAUGUUGGAUCAACACUGUGAUCCAGAUUCAGAUACUUGUAACAUCUUUCUGAAGAAUUUCGAAGGCCCAAAUCACAAUGGACAGGAGUUUCUAGAUGAGCUUGUGGUACGGCUAACGAAGCAUCAGAGAAUAGCAGGUGCUUCCAAGAUUGUGGAAGUAAUGCUGAAGAAGUUUCUACCCCCAAAGGCCUCCACUUGGGAAAGGGUUGUUCAAGAUGUCUGUAAGCGUAAGAAGGUGCGAACAGCCAUUGAUAGGUGCUGGACUGAAAUAUUUGUUAGGUGAGAGAUUCAUUUUUGUAAAAUUCUUUCUAGCAACUUGUUAUGCUCUGUACCGUACCACAUCAUAUAGUUGAUCUUUGUGGAGAGAGGUACAAUAAAUUCAUUUUACAGCUCUCAUUAACGUUCUCUUCUCGUCCCAACUCCAAUGGGGAUAAUCUUAGUUGUACUAAUGCUUAGCAGGCCUCUAUAUCUUAUGGAAGUUAAUAUCUUAAUAUUCCCUAUCACUUA